GAAAGAGGAGACCGUACAGUGAUAUAUGAGGAGGAAUAACACAGCUCCCGGCACACGCUGGAGGGGGAGUAUAUAGAGGAACACAGGGGUCUGUACAAGGACGUGAUGAUGGAGAAUCACCGACCCCUCACAUCACUGGAUGGGCCCAGUAACAGAGAUACCCCAGAGAGAUGUCCCCGUCCUCUGUAUUCCCAGGAUUGUACAGAGGAGAAUCACAGGACCCCACAGGAGGAUCAGGGUGGAAACCACUUGAACAAUUUUCAUGUCGAUAAUGUAGAGAGAGAAGAGACGGAUGUGACUGAUAUGAAGUCAGAAGAUAUAAAGGGAGAAGAAGAGACGUAUGUGAGGGGUGAUCAGCAGUGUAAAGAGGAGGAGAUCCCUACAGAUAUCAGCACAAAUGGCCGCAAUACAAGGAAUACCUCAGAGGGACAAAUUGUUUGGUCUCCAGAUUGUAAAUUAGAAGAUAACAACAUGACACGAAGGUCUCCAGAAGAAAAACAGAUUUCCCUAAAUAUAUAUCCAGCACUUCACAGUGCAAAUAUAUCAUCUGAUCCCUCUGUUCCUGAGGAAUGUUCUCCUGGUAACUCACACAUUGCUGCACAUAGUACAGACCAUAGCAGUGAUACAGUCAUUUCCUCUUCUGAAUGUGGGAAUUAUAUUCCACAUAAUCUAGCUCUUGUUAGACAUAAGAGACAUCAAACAGGAAAGGAUCCAUUUGCAUGUUCUGAGUGUGGGAAAUGUUAUACACACAAAUCAUCUCUUGUUGCGCAUGAGAAAAGUCAUACAGGUGAGAAACCAUUUCCAUGUUCUGAGUGUGGGAGAUGUUUUACAUUGAAAUCAAUUCUUGUUAAACAUCAGAGAAUACACACAGGUGUGAAGCCAUUUCCAUGUUCUGAGUGUGGGAAAUGUUUUACACGUAAAUCAAAUCUUCUUACACAUCUGAGAAUACACACAGGUGUGAAGCCAUUUCCAUGUUCUGAGUGUGGGAAAUGUUUUACAUUGAAAGCAAAUCUUCUUAAACAUCAGAGAACUCACACAGGGGAGAAACCAUUUUCAUGUUCUGAGUGUGGGAAACGGUUUACAAGAAAAUCGCAUCUUGCUGAACAUUAUAGAAGUCACACAGGAGAGAAGCCAUAUUCAUGUUCUGAGUGUGGGAAAUGUUUUAGAGAGAAAUCAACACUUACUAUACAUCAGAGAAGUCACACAGGUGAAAGACCAUUUCCAUGUUCUGAGUGCGGGAAAUGUUUUAAAUGUAAAUCAGAGCUUCUUAAACAUCAGACAAGUCACACAGGUGCUAACCCAUUUCCAUGUUCUGAGUGUGGUAAACGUUUUAGAUGUAAAUUAGAGCUUGUUAUACAUCAAAGAAAUCACACAGGUGAAAGACCAUUUCCAUGUUCUGAGUGUAGGAAAUGUUUUACACGUAAAUCAGCUCUUGUUAUACAUGAGAGAAGUCACACAGGUGAGAAACCAUUUCCAUGUUCUGAGUGUGGGAAAUGUUUUAGACGUGAAUUAAAUCUUGUUACACAUCUGAGGAUUCACACUGGUGAAAGACCAUUUCCAUGUUCUGAGUGUGGGAAAUGUUUUACACGUAAAUCAGCUCUUGUUAUACAUCAGAUAACUCACACAGGAAAAAAGAAAUUUUCAUGUUCUGAGUGUGGGAAGUGUUUUAGAGAUAAAUCAUGUCUUAUUGAACAUCAAAGACAUCACACAGGAGAAAAGACAUUUUCAUGUUCUGAGUGUGGGAAAUAUUUUGGUAAGAAAUCAAGUCUUAUUAUACAUCAAAGACUUCACACAGGUGAAAAGCCAUUUCCAUGUUCUGAGUGUGGGAAAUGUUUUACACGUAAACCAGACCUUGUUACACAUCAGCUAAAUCACACAGGUGAGAGGCCAUUUCCAUGUUCUGAGUGUGGGAAAUGUUUUACAGAAAAAUCAAAUCUUGCUAAACAUGAGAGAAUUCACACAGGCGAGAAACCAUUUCCAUGCUCUGAGUGUGGGAAAUGUUUUACAGCAAAAGAAGAUCGUGCUAGACAUGAGAGAAGUCACACAGGUGAGAAACCAUUUCAAUGCUCGGAGUGUGAGAAAUGUUUUGCUCUGAGAUCGUCUCUCGUAAAACAUCAGAAAAGUCACACAGGUGAGAGGCCAUUUUCAUGUUCUGAGUGUGGGAAAUGUUUUCCAGGAAAAACAAAUCUUACUGCACAUGAGAAAAGUCACAUAGGUGAUAAACCAUUUCCAUGCUCUGAGUGUGGGAAAUGUUUUACAGAAAAAAGAGAUCGUGCUAGACAUGAGAGAAUUCACACAGGUGAGAAACCAUUUCAAUGCUCUAAGUGCGGGAAAUGUUUUGCACUGAGACCUUACCUCGUAAAACAUCAGAAAAAGUCACACAGGUGAGAACUAGCUAUUGUAAGACAUGAGUAAAGUCACAUUUUCAUUUCCUUGAGUUGGUAGACCUGAAAGAAGAUUGCAUUAAUAUUUUACAUGUAAGAAAUCUAUAAUAAAAUGAUUGUGUGUAUACUGACGCUCUCUCAGUGGAACCCAAACACUUUGUACACAUUUGUAUAAGAUCAGCAAGCCAUCUUGGGCGUAUGCAAUUGCCGUCACAUCAGUACAUGCAUCAAUGGAGCUUACAAUCUAAAUUUAACGAUUCACAGAGGUAAAACUAAAAAUGAAUCUCUUUAGGUGAACUAUUAUAAUAUCAAGAUAUAACUUUUCAGAAUAUAGUAAAUGUAAAUAUAAACACAAAUACUGAAUAUAAGAAUUGGAGAAGGCAGCACUCGUAGGCGUGUGAGGAUGUAGACUGUGUGGAGGGGGUCUUUUUUAUUACUUACCUGAUUGUUCUAGAAUGGAGCCCGGUAGUCUGGGUGCUCUCUUCUCUGGGUAAAAGAUUGUGCUGGGAUUUUUUGCUUUUCCCAGCAGUUAUAGUCUAGUGCACAGGUUCUCAAACUCGGCUCUCAGGACCCCACACAGUGCAUGUUUUCUAUGUCUCCUCUCACAAUCACUAAUAAAUAAUUAGCUCCACCUGUGCAUCCUUUAAAAUGGGUCAGUGAGUAAUGAAAACACCUGUGCACCUGCUAGGUGACCUUGAAAACAUGAACUGUGUGGGGUCCUGAGGACCGAGUUUGAGAACCACUGGUCUAGUGUGACUACACCUCCCUGCAUGCCCCUCUGAGAUUUCCUGUUUUUGCUGUGUUGUCUUAAUUGGGGUUUAAAAAGGAUCAGGUGCUGGGGAAGGGUGUGUUUGGCAGCAGGACCUCUUUCUGCAGUGCCCACGCAGCAGAUAUCCUGAAAGGCACUGCGGGAAGGGGUGAGGGGCCAGUGGGGAGUUUUGAGGGGGGGAUUUUCACUGGCAUAUCUGUGUAAGUCUUUGAGUCGGCUGGAACUGUUUACCUGAGAUCCUGGUGGGAACUGUUCUAAUGGGGUAACUGCCUCUGAUGAGUUAUGGGCACUCUGCCGGAACUAAUGGGGAAACUGUUGUGUAAUUUGUUAAUUAGUGUGAGAUGAUGGUUAUUGUGCUAUGUUACCUAGAAGGCUUGUAUUGUUUUUAUGUUACACUAACUUUCAAUAAAUGUGUGAUUAAAAGCCA